UUUUAUUCAGUUGCCAAGCUGACUCGGUCUAGAGAGGAAGCCAGUGAUCGUGCCUCUCUCAUUCCUAAAGGAUAUAUUAAAGUGUCUUGUUGUUUUUUUUUUCUUCGGUGCGUGUCGGCGGCCAAUCAGUAGCGAGCAGCACGUGCGCAUUCAGUUUAUCAUCAUAUCCUCUUCUUGGUAAUCAAAACAACAAGAAGAAGGAACCCGAAAGCUUCAGAAAUCCAGCCUUUCAUAAGGAAAAGGGAGAAAGAAGAUACUGUGCCACUUGACUCGCCGGAAGUGGGGGCUGGGUUGCCAACAGGACAAAAAAGAAUUUUUGGCAAAACAAAACAAAAACAAAAAAAGAAGACAAUGGGAGAUAUAGGGCAUUUGAUAUGAGCUGAUAGUGCCUGGAAGCUCUCUUUCUCUCUCUCUUUGAUUUGGAGAGGGGGCAAAUGAGAGAAAAACGGGAGAAAGAGAUGUGCGAGUGUAGUAAGCGGCACCUGCAGCGGAACGGCGGGCAAUUGACGGGCAAUAACAUCGUCCUCGGAGCAUCGGCAGAGCACGUCAAUGGCUACAUCAAGCACGUCAUGCGCCAUCACAAAGGAAGAGGAGGUCACUGCCCACCAAUCAACCGCACUGCAGCCACUCCCGUCCGCCACCAGGCCAGCAACAAAAUCAUGUCCGAAUUUCCGGGUGAAAGUCAAACGAUGAGCGGCAUCGGUUCCGACAUGACGGCCACAGCGGACGGCGCGCUGGUGAACGGAAUGAGUUCGGGCGGAAGCAGCACGACGACAGCCAGUGGGCGCAGUUCGGCCGCGUCACAGCAGCAGCCGCCGCAAGGCGACGUGGCGGCCAUGAUCGAGAAUUUCCAGCACAAGAAGAGUGGCGCUAGUAGCCACAGCACAGCGUCGAUGCUGAACCGCAUCAAUCAUCACCAGAGCAGCAACAUUACAGUGCCCGGCACGGGUGCCACCGCAUCGAUGGUUGUCACCUCCGGCUCGCCGGGCACGACCCUCCUCAUUGGCAACACGAACCCGACGCAACAGCAAGUCGUGUCCUCCACAUCGUCAUCCACCAGUAGUUCACGUGUCAAACGCUCUUCUCAGGUGAUGCAUCAUUCGAUGUCUUCGAGCGAGAUUUCAUCCAGCAACAAGCACAGCAGCACGUCCAGCAAGAUGAGCACACAAGAGCUCACUUCUAAUUUAUCUGAACUCAAGUCCAGUAUGUCCGAAAUGAAGUCCAGUCUGUCCUCGCACCUGGUGGCCGCUGCCAACGCCGCCGCUCAAUCGUCUGCUAAAUUCCCAUCGGCCGGACUCCUUCAAGGGUCACUGGAAGGAUUGAACAUGGUGAAUGCCGAUGGAACAGAUUUAGCCAUCGUCGAUGUGGAUCACGACUUUGGUGUGGUAGCCAAUCCGGCCGGCUGUUUGGCCACCCUCAACAACAACAACAUCAACAGUGCGAAUUGCGCCGGCAAUGGCGGCAAAUCAUCCGAAAUGAAAUUCGAACAGACGCGAGUUGCGUCGGCCACGUCGACCAAGAUCACGCACGGCGACGGCUACAGCAGCGAAGAAGCUACGGCCAACGCCUCGCACAGCCGACGCUUGCAAGCCGACGGCCUUCAUUACGAAGAGUCGGGCCAAGCGGCCGCUAUGAAAGCGCGCCUCGAAAUGGAUGGUGUCACAGCCGAGAAAGCCGCCGCAGUUAAACAGGAACAGAGAUCGUUAAAGGCCGGCGACGUGUCGCAACAAGAAAGUAGGACGACAGCAGCUGCCAGCAUGAAACUCACAACAGACAAUUUCAGUGCCGAAAAGGUUGCCAUGGCCACCCAGCAGCAGAAGCAAACUGUUACAUCAUCCGGCCGCUUCAAUCAAGAACGCCACGCUGCGGCUUCAUCUCAAUCUAAAUUAACCAUUAACGCCAAAUCCGUCCGUAAAGAAUUGUCCGUCGUAUCGUCAUCUCAGAUGAACGGAACACUGGUCUCGUUAGAGGAUGCCGAUCUGAUGUCAUCCUUGCCUUCCCUAGACGACUUGGACAUCUUGGACUCGUCGUCCGACCCAGCUGAUGUGGAACAAGCCAAAGCCAAAUACACGGGCGCCAUGUCGAGUUGUGUAGAGCGGCUCAAAGAGAUGGCGUUGCAGAAGAAACAGAGCCACAUGAUGCCCAUCUAUCUCGACAGAGUCAGUCAAAUGGUCGGAAAGGCCUGGGCUGUUCCGGCGCCACACGGACAAUCCCUGGCUUCUUCCCUCUGCGACGUCCUGCGUGACAACGGCGGCCUGGAUGUUCUCAUCAACAACUGCGUGUCCAACGACAGCAAUAUUCAACUGUCGAGCGCCCGUCUUCUAGAACAAUGCCUGACGCAAGAGAACCGCGAGUACGUCGUCGAGUGCGGUCUCGAUAAGGUAGUGUCGGUGGCGUGCGGCUGUACGGAGUCGUCGGCCCAGGUGGACCAAUCGAGAGUCGGCACGGGCUUACUGGAGCACCUGUUUCAGCACAACGACGUGACGUGCAGCGAAGUGGUGAAGCUGGGCGGUUUAGACGCCGUCGUGCGAGAAUGUCGCCGAUCGGACGUGGAAAUCCUGCGCCACUGCGCCGGCGCCCUGGCCAAUUUGUCCCUGUACGGAGGGGCCGAGAACCAGGAAGCCAUGAUUAAGCGGCAAGUGCCCAUGUGGCUCUUCCCGCUGGCCUUCCACACGGACGACAACAUCAAGUACUACGCCUGUCUCGCCAUUGCCGUCCUAGUAGCCAACAAGGAAAUCGAAGCUGCCGUACUCCAGUCGGUGACUUUGAAUUUGGUCGAACCAUUCGUCUCGACCCACAAUCCCUACGAGUUCGCCAAUACGGUGGCAGCUACAUGGCAACAUCACGCCCGUCGUGGACUUGGCCAGUCCAAAAACUGGCUCAGGCGAUUGGUGCCCGUUUUGAACUCGAAGAGAGAAGAAGCCCGAAACCUGGCCGCCUUCCACUUUUGCAUGGAAGCUGGAAUCAUCCAAAAGAGCCAAGGCAGCACGGACAUUUUCUGCGAAAUCGGUGCCAUUGAACCGCUCAAGUCGGUAGCCUCGUCGCCUAACGCCAUCGCAUCCAAGUACGCGGCUCAGACGCUCCGCUUGAUCGGCGAGGAGGUGCCACACAAACUGAGCCAACAGGUGCCUCUCUGGUCCGCCGAGGACGUUCGCGAGUGGGUACGCCAGAUCGGCUUUCCUGACCACUGCGAAAGCUUCGCCGACGUCUGUAAAGUAGACGGAGAUCUUUUACUCCAGCUCAACGAAGAGAUGCUCCGCGACGACAUUGGAAUGCGAAAUGCCAUACUGCGGAAGCGUUUCAUGCGGGAGUUGGCCAUUCUCAAAAAGAUGGCGGAUUACAGCAGCUGCGACAAAUCGAGUCUCAACGAUUUCCUGCAGUCACUUGAUCCUGCAUUUUGUGCGUAUACUUACUCGAUGCUCAACGCCGGAGUGGACAAGAAGAGCCUGCGCCUCUUGUCUGAAGAACAGUUGCUAACGGAAUGUGGCAUAAUCAAUUCGAUCCACCGACAGCGCAUCUUUGACGCCAUCCGCUGUGAGAACGGCAUCUACGACUACCUUGACAAUAAGCCGCUCGACGCUUUCAUCAGUUACCGGCGAUCCACCGGAUCCCAAUUGGCCAGUUUACUUAAAGUUCACCUUCAGUUGAGGAAUUUUACUGUCUUCAUCGAUGUCGAGCGCCUAGAAGCGGGCAAAUUCGACAACAAUCUCUUACAGUCCAUCAGCCAAGCCAAGUACUUCUUGUUGGUACUGACACCUAACGCGCUUGAUCGUUGCCUGGGCGAUGACGAACGCAAGGAUUGGGUCCAUCGAGAGAUUGUUGCCGCCCUCGAAUCCAACUGCAAAAUCAUCCCAAUUAUUGACAACUUUCAAUGGCCAUUGCCUGAAGAUCUCCCCGAAGACAUGCGGGCUGUGUGUUACUUUAACGGCGUCAGAUGGGUCCAUGACUAUCAGGAUGCUUGCGUGGACAAACUGGAUAAAUUCAUGCGAGGAGAUACCUUCGGCAAAGGAGGAGACCACAUCCACGGCCGACGACUCCCAGAUGGAAUGUUGACACCAUCGUACACACCUGGAUCGGCGUCGAUUCUGCAGCCGGGCGCCGGCUUAAUGAGUCGCAACUGCAAUAAUGGGAACGGCGGUCAGCCGGUGCCCUACCAAAGGCAAGGAAGCAACGAGAGCGGCAAAGGCAGCUACUCGUCCGACAAAGAAAUGGGCGGCAUCGGAAGUAACGGAUUCUGCAAUGGGGUCGGUGGCGGAGGGGGAGGAGGAGCUAUCUCGGUAGCUAACCCGGUAGCUCUUCACAGAAGCCAUCUUCGAGCUGUUUCUCCUAGUUGUGCUCAACGUAGUCCCAGUCCGAGUCGAUCACCUCUUCAACAACAACAACAGCAACACGGUCCUGGUCAAUGGCAGAAGCGUCUAUUAUUGAGGGGCUCGGCCGGGGAGCGCGCGGCCAGUCCAUCUCGUUCCAUUUCUCCUCGUCCCAUUCCCAUUAGUCCACUUGUUCAGCGUCGAAUCUCGGCGGGACAACAUUUGCCGGCGCCUUUCUUCAAUCACGCUCGCAACGGAUGGGUGACGCCCAUUGGGUCCCUACCAGCGGGCGUUCCGAGGUCCCGCAGCCUGGACACUGGUCUGUGCCAUGAUGCCCAGUUGGAUCACAGCCCCAAUCAUCCGCCGCAAAUCAACGAGGUCGUCAUUCCUGAUACUAGUGACUCUGAAGAGCACGACGAUGUGAUUGAAUCGCCGCCCGUACGAACCGAGCCACCCGUUCGACCCAAUACGUUGUUUAUGAAGUCGCCAUCUCCGCCCGUAGUCGUUGUCCAGCAACCCAGUCCGACGACUGAGCGUCCCAGCCGCAGGGAUCGUGCACAAGUGGUCAGAACCAAGUCCAAAGCGGCUCAGACCAUUGUAGCGGCCAUCAACCAGGCGGCUGGAGCGCGAAAAACUCCUCGACGAUCACAAUCGACAACGGCCGACGAUGAAUCCCCAGAAGCUACGACACCUACCGGAUCCGCCAAAUUCGUUGAUCGAUGCGUCACCAAAAUGAAAACAUUGAUCAACAAAGCCAAAGUAAGCUUUGGAAUUGAGAGCCCUCAGCAAAUACAACAGCAAGCCCAUAUGCAAGUUGUAGCACAAAAUUUGUACAAUCGUGAUUCUUCCCGAACACCUGUGCAAUAUGGAAUGCUCGAUAGGCGAAUGGGGAUGAGUGUUAAAGAUGCCAAAUGUGAGACCUGUGGUAAAGGCCUGACAGAAUGUGUAGGACAUUUUGGUUACAUAGAUUUGGAACUUCCAGUUUUUCACGUUGGUUAUUUCAAAGCAGUAAUAACUGUACUGCAAACAAUUUGCAAGACAUGCUCAUUUGUUCUGCUUAAUGACAAGAUGAGGAAAAUUUAUAGAGGAAAAUUAAGGAACACAAAGAUUCCUUAUCUGACUAAGAAAGCAUUGAGGAAGCAAAUUCAAGAAGGGUGCAAAAAAGUAACUCGCUGCCCUCACUGCAAUGAUCUCAAUGGUAUGGUAAAAAAGUGUGGCAUGUUGAAGAUUUCACAUGAAAAAUUUAGAAGUGUCAAGAAAGAUAAUGCCAUUCUGAAUGAACAGCUGGUAGCAUAUGAAAAUGCUGUACAGUUCAACAAAGAAAUAGAACCAAUGAUUUCAUGUGGUCUCAUCAACAUGCUCAGUCCACUGGACAUUCUUCAUUUGUUUGAACGAAUUCCUGAUGAAGACAUUCAAUUUCUCUUGAUGAACCCGGAACAUGGUCAUCCCAAGGAUAUGAUCCUGACCCGCGUGCCCGUCCCGCCAGUUUGCAUCCGACCUUCUGUAGUGUCAGAUUUAAAGGCAGGAACAAAUGAAGAUGACUUGACUAUGAAACUUACAGAAAUUAUUUUCUUGAACGACGUGAUAGUUAAGCACCGUCUCAUGGGUGCUAAAAGUCAGAUGAUUAUGGAAGAUUGGGACUUUUUGCAGUUACAAUGUGCUCUAUACAUCAAUAGUGAACUAUCUGGCAUUCCCCUAAACAUGCAACCUAAAAAACCCUCCCGUGGUCUAGUUCAACGUCUUAAAGGCAAACAAGGAAGGUUUCGUGGAAAUCUUUCAGGAAAGCGUGUCGAUUUCUCGGGUAGAACGGUCAUUUCACCCGAUCCAAAUUUGCGGAUCGAUCAAGUGGGAGUUCCAGAAUUGGUUGCCAAAAUUUUGACUUUCCCUACUCGUGUGAACGAAGCAAACAUUGAGCUCAUGAGGAAGUUAGUCAAAAAUGGAGCAGACGUCUAUCCCGGCGCCAAUUAUCUUCAAGAGAAAGACUCAGAUUUCAAAAAGUUCUUGAAAUAUGGAAACCGCGAUAGUAUAGCCCGCAAUCUGAAGUUAGGUGAUUUGAUUGAAAGGCAUAUGAUGGAUGAAGAUAUAGUCCUUUUCAAUCGCCAACCAUCUUUGCACAAGCUAUCUAUUAUGUGCCACAGGGCAAAGGUUUUACCUCAUCGUACUUUCCGCUUUAAUGAAUGCGUCUGUACGCCCUACAAUGCAGAUUUUGAUGGAGAUGAAAUGAAUCUCCAUCUUCCCCAAACAGAAGAAGCCCGAGCUGAAGCUUUGAUACUUAUGGGAAAUAAGUCCAAUUUAGUAUCACCACGCAAUGGCGAAUUGUUGAUAGCAGCAAUUCAGGAUUUCAUCACCGGGGCGUAUCUACUGACUUUAAAGGAUGCAUUCUUUGAUCGAGCCAAAACCUGUCAAAUGGUUGCAUCAAUGCUUACGGCUCAUGAGGUGAAUAUGGUCAUCAAGCUUCCUCCUCCUUGCAUUCAAAAACCGGCUCUUUGGUCAGGAAAACAGAUUUUUAGUCUUAUUCUUCGACCCAACCCCGGAAAUCGCGUUAAGGUCAAUUUGAGAACCAAAGGAAAAGAGUACUCGAAAAAAAAUGAGGAGUUUUGCAUCAACGACGGAUUUCUUUUGGUUCGGAAUUCCGAGGUGCUAGCCGGUUGCGUCGAUAAAUCUACAAUUGGCUCCGGUUCAAAAAUCAACAUAUUUUACGUGUUACUACGUGACUACGGAGUGGAUUUCGCCAUCCAGGCUAUGUGGAAACUCUGUCGUGUAGCUUCUUAUUACAUGAUGAACCGAGGAUUUUCCAUCGGCAUUGGAGAUGUUACACCUGGCAAAGCAUUGCUGAAAGAGAAGCAAAUACUUUUGGACAAUGGUUACGCGAAGUGCGACGAAUACAUUCGUCUUCUCACCAUAGGUCAACUGCCUUGCCUUCCUGGUUGCAAUGAAGAAGAGUCAUUAGAAUCGAAAAUAUUAAAAGAACUUUCUGGAAUUCGUGACCAGGCCGGAGAGGUUUGUAAAAAAGAGUUGCAUCCAAGUAAUAGCCCGUUAGUCAUGUCCAAAAGCGGGUCCAAAGGAUCGUACAUUAAUAUAUCCCAAAUGAUUGCCUGUGUCGGCCAGCAAGCGUUGAAUGGCAAACGAGUUCCUAAUGGUUUUGAAGAUCGUAGUUUGCCACACUUUAAGCGGCAUUCCAAGAUUCCCGCUGCUAAAGGAUUUGUCUCAAACAGUUUCUAUUCGGGGCUGACGCCUACAGAAUUCUUUUUCCACACAAUGGGUGGACGUGAGGGUCUAGUAGAUACUGCCGUAAAAACUGCCGAGACUGGGUACAUGCAACGAAGACUUGUUAAGUCGUUGGAAGAUCUGUGUUGCCAAUACGAUUCGACCGUAAGAAAUUCUACCGGUGAGAUCAUUCAGUUUGUUUAUGGAGGCGAUGGUUUGGACCCCACCUACAUGGAAGCCAAAGAUCGCCCUGUGGAUUUUCAAAGAGCUCUUGUUCACAUCAAAGCAGCGUCCCCUUAUGCCGAUGAAGAUCCGUCAGAUCACAUUGAAUUACAACAAGCUUUUAAUACUAUUAUGGAGACGGAUGCCUUCAAAUCACUUGGGGUCGACUUCAAACAUGAACUUAGAAUUUUUGUGGAGGAUCAAGUCAGACGUAUCCGUAAGGUACGGGAGCGUUAUAAGAUGGAAGGUCGGCCACUAUUAACUGUAGAAAAACACUUGGAGCGCAUAACCGUUGGUCAACUAGUAGAGUUCUGUGAAUUUUGCAAAGAGAAGUAUCAUGGUGCAAAAAUCGAACCGGGCACGGCUGUCGGAGCCCUUUGCGCGCAGAGCAUUGGCGAACCGGGUACUCAAAUGACAUUAAAGACUUUUCACUUCGCUGGUGUGGCAUCCAUGAACAUCACACAGGGAGUUCCUAGGAUUAAGGAAAUCAUUAACGCCUCAAAGGCCAUUAGUACACCAGUUAUCUCCACCCAACUCCUAAUUGAUAACGACCCAGAAUAUGCGCGACGAGUAAAAGGAAGGAUAGAAAAAACCAUGCUCGGAGAAGUGACGGAAUAUUUCGAAGAAGUAUAUCUGCCUGAUGACUGUUUCAUGUUGAUUAAAUUAGACAUGAAUCGAAUUCGCUUGCUGAAACUUGAGGUGGAUGCAAAUUCUAUCCAGUGGAGCCUCUGUACUUGUAAACUGAAAAUAAAACCAGCUUUCAUCAAAGUCAUCAGUGAAACAAUAGUCAUUGUUAAGCCCGCUCCAUCUGUAAAAUCGUCAAUGUAUCAUGUCAUGCAGUUCCUCAAGGAACAAUUGCCUAAGGUCGUUAUAAAGGGUUUACCAACUGUUAGCCGAGCUGUCAUCAAUAUCGACGAUACAAGGAAACCGCCCAGGUAUUAUUUGCUUGUAGAGGGUGACAAUAUGCGCGAAGUGAUGGCGACCUACGGCGUCCAAGGAACGUCAACUACUUCUAACAAUAUCUUGGAAGUUUUCAGCACCUUGGGUAUUGAAGCUGCCAAGGCAACAAUUGCCAAAGAAAUUCAGUAUACAAUGGAAAGUCAUGGCAUGAGUGUCGAUCGCCGACAUGUUGCCUUGUUAUCCGAUCUAAUGAGUUGUCGUGGUGAAAUCUUGGGCAUCACCAGGAAUGGUUUGGCUAAAAUGAAGGAGUCCGUUUUGAUGCUGGCGUCGUUUGAGAGAACUUCCGAUCAUUUAUUCGAUGCAUCUUAUUAUGGCCAAGAGGACGAAAUCACUGGCGUAAGCGAGUGCAUUAUUAUGGGAAUACCAAUGUCGAUUGGAACAGGGGCUUUCAAGUUACUGCAUAAAACGGGGAAUACUAUUCCGCCAAAACCAAGGUCACUUAUUUUUGAUGUACCAGAAUAUCACGUACCAAGGGUAUAAACUCUGAAGUUAAUAAUCACGGAAUCUCAGUAUUAUGUUAAACGAGGAACUGUUGAAUUUUGAAUUAAACUUUGUGUUCUUAGUACAGGAGUCGCAUCUGAUUAAGCCACCAAUGUAACAACUGGUUAUAAAAAUCUAUCCUUGUUGGUAUAUAUAUGUUUUUUUUU